AGUCGCCAGGGCGCGUGCGCAGGAAAGGGGGGAAAAAAGGGGGGUAUUUGAGUGGUUCCGCGUGGCAGCUGGCGGGCAGAAGGACGGCGCCUGAGGAAGGAGCAGAAAUCUAAUGGAGAAGCCUGCACCCAGAGCGGAGGAUCGUACCUGGAGCUGUUCCUGUACUGCAAGAGGAAGGCACAGAAUCCCCUUAGGUGGAACUGCUACAGGGCUGGCAGCCAAAGUGGGUGAAAUGUUGAGCACAUCUGUCUCAAGUUCUCCCCUAACACUUGUGAGUCGCAGUAGCCGCAGCAGCAAUUUGAACUUGAGCAAAGAUGUGGUGCAGCGGAGCCUGGUGCUCUUUACCGUGGGCACUUUUCUCGCACUGGUGUUGAAUCUGCUGCAGAUCCAGAGAAAUGUGACUCUGUUCCCUGAGGAGGUCAUAGAUACCAUCUUCUCCUCUGCUUGGUGGGUCCCCCCUUGCUGUGGCACAGCAGCAGCUGUUAUUGGCCUGCUUUAUCCUUGCAUUGACAGUCACCUUGGAGAACCUCAUAAAUUCAAGCGAGAAUGGGCCAGCGUAAUGCGAUGUAUAGCAGUCUUUGUUGGGAUUAACCAUGCAAGUGCUAAAUUGGAUUUUGCAAACAAUGUCCAGCUCUCUUUAACACUAGCAGCUUUGUCACUGGGCCUGUGGUGGACAUUUGAUCGUUCAAGAAGCGGCCUAGGCCUUGGAAUCACGAUAGCUUUUGUAGCUACUCUGAUUACUCAGUUUCUUGUCUAUAAUGGUGUUUAUCAGUAUACAUCUCCUGAUUUUCUUUACAUCAGAUCCUGGCUGCCAUGUAUAUUUUUUUCAGGAGGUGUGACUGUGGGAAACAUAGGACGACAACUGGCUAUGGGUGUUUCUGAGAAGCCUCACAGUGACUAAAGGCGGCUUGAAUGGCCUGAAGUACUUGCAGGAAGAUAGAACUAAGAUCUAUUGUUGAUUCCAAACUAGGAUUUCUUCUUCUUGAAUAGCCUGAGUGAGCUCCCUGCACAAAUGACUGGUGAAAAAGAUCAUUCAGCAUAAGAGUGGCCAAGAGCUUACCUCAAUAUAUUUAGGAGAAGUCUCUGGGCUUGGCUGUUCUGUGGAAGAGUCCAGUACAGACUUGGGACACGACGAGCCUGUGCUUCAUGGCAGUUCUCUUGCACGUUGGGUUUCAGUUGAAGAUGCUGAAAAAGCUGCCAUAUUUCAAAGCCUUGAAACUAAAGCUUUGUACAAGUGCCCAAAGAAAGUUGAUUGGUGCUGAGGGGUAGGGUAUGUGAAUGGGUUUAAUAGGAAUACUGAUUAUUCAAAUAUCCUUUAAGAAAGGGUUGCUGUUAAACGAAAGGUGACCAGGGAAAAAUGCAAUCUUUUUGAAGUUGUGUUGAGAAAUAACUGACCAUGGGCACGAUCCAUUUGGAAGGCUCAAGUGAAAUCAAGGGGAGCAAAUCCUGCUCAUUUCUGAGGAGUACUGAUCUGAAGUUCUACUUUGAUUUGAGCAGAUUUUUUUUUCAGUACAGGAGUAUUUGUGGGUUGGGAAGAGUUAAAUUAUCUUGUUGACAGAAGCAAUAAGCCUGUCACCUGUUGAUCUGUGGUUGAAUGAUCAUUUAGUAAUUUAUGGUCCUGCUAUUGAAUACACCUAGCCAAAACCAAUUACUGUCCAGUAAUGUAUGCCAAUACAUCUGUUAUGUGCAUCCUUAAGUAUUUUACUGGGAAGCCUGUCCUUGAGAAUACUACAUCAGUUAAACGGAGGAGUCAUUCCUGUGUGACACCUGUUGAGCUUUAUGAGAAUCUUACUGGUUUCAGAAUCCAAACGAGCUUUGCCAUGAGAAAAACAGAGCAAGCCAACAGUGUUACUCAAUGCUUCUUAUAAAUGAUCCUGUUUUACAGUGUAUUUCUGAAGAACUCUUUGUGUUUUGGGGGUUAGGGUUGGUCUUUGCAACUCUACAGAACUUGCAAUCUGUGAUUGCCUUGUAAGGAAGAAUGCUUCUGUUACUACAUUAAGUAUCUGAUGUUUCAUAAAUAUUUCAUGGUGAGCACAAUAGUCAUUUAGAUAGCAUAGACUGCAGUUGCCCUAAUGAACAACAAGGAUUGGGUCUCAAAAUUUUAAGGGCAAUGUGCAGUUGAGAAAAAUCUGAGCCUUGUAGUCUCUUUAAUAUCUUCAUUGAAGAACUGAAUCCUAAAAGAGUCAUAAUUUUAAAUUUAUUUCAGUCCUGAAUGGAAGCAAAAAAUCAGCAAUAAAUUAAUGAGCAAUGCUAAUUUAUAUUUUACACUAAACACAAAUGAUUCAGCUUACCAAGCACACUCUUAUGUGCUAACUUUCUCCAUUGGGCAGUUAGAUCCUCUUCCAUUUCCAGUCUCCUGUGUCUUCUAGUUUAGCCAGUGACUCAUGUUUAAGACUUUAAGAUGAAGUUAAAUAAUGGUAUGGAUAUAGCCUACUGUUGUGGAGACAAGAUUCUAUGGCUCAAGGCGCUAAUCCCAAUACUGAAGGAGGACUGGGCUCCUUAAAAUCCCAUCACAGCUUUCAUGUCUCUAUACUUCGUUCCACUGUUGCAAAAAAUGACUCCACUACUGCUAGAUGUUGCCCAUAGUUUGAAACGCCCCUUCCCUGAGACACACUUUGGGUAUUGCUGUUUUAAAACUAGGAACAUUAGCCAAGUUUUCCAAACUUAUAAAAGCUGUUGGAAAACAGAAACAAAAUUGAUAAGUGCUUAGUAAUCCCCCCCCCCCCCAAAAAAAUUGGGUUAGAACCAGACCUGGAGGCAAAUUUAUUUUCUAUUUGUUCAUCUUCGUGGUACAGUAUCUCCCAAAACUAAAAUCCUUCACUUGCUACCUUCACUUGCCUCUGAGUCAAGGUGACAGAAAAAAAGUGGGGGAAACACCUCCCUCUGCAUCCCAUUGAAGCUCUUCUAAGCAGUGGUUGAAAGGUAAAUAAAUUGUUCUAGACUCUUGUGGGAUAUGCUUUUGAAGACAAUGCAGGCUUGCACAGGUGAACAAUGGUAUAUAUAUCCAAGCCCCUUCAUUGGCUAGGAAAAUUAACAAUCUCAUUUAUACUUGAAAGUUUGGGAAUUAUACUCCAGAUGUUCUUAGGUGAGCUUACCUUCCUUGGUGUUAAAUCUGUUUGGAAAAUGCUUAGGUGCUCUAGACAAAUAGGUUUGAUUUGUUCUUGAGCGAAGGAAUGGUCAGGAAGAUGGCAAUUAGGAACAUACUGAUAACUUGCUUUGAAGGAAUGCCAUUGAAAUCUGGCAUUGCUCAAUAAUAAACCAAAUGUUGCAGCCUUAAAGCCUGUCUUGUCACAUUUAAUUGUUCUUAAAAGAUGUAUUAAUAUCCUUUCUCUAGUAAUUACUCUAUUUUAAAUUAUAUUACACAUGGAGUAUGCCCAAGUGAAUGUCUAUGUGCAAGAAAAAAGCCGCUGAACUCAUUAAAUGUAGUUGGAAGUAACCAUUACAGAGGCAGCAAAGAACAAUUUUUACACACCUUUAAUGCUAGGUGCAACUAAAGAGGACAAUGGUAAAAUGUAAAUAUGUAAUCAUAUAAAUGAGUAUUUUACUUGUAAAGGUUUAUUUGUAAAUCUGUUUUGAAAAGACAGCCAAAACAUGUUAUAAGUUCAAUCUUGCCAAUUCUUGUAAGUAUCUGAACCAAAGUGGUCAGAGUUUGUGUUACAAAAGGGGGAGGGGGGCUCUGCACUCUUCUGGAUGGUAUCUUUCAAUUUUCAGACUCAAUACAUUUUUCAACUGUGUUUUUUUUAAAAAAAUAAAGCUUUCAAAUAGC